UCUCUCUCAUCUCUCUUCCCAUCCGCCUCGCUUUCCAUCCCCAUCCCCUCCUCUCCACCUCCCCUCGCCGCCUCCGCCGCCGCCGCGGCGGGCCACCGGGAGCGGCGCCGCCUGCCGUCCCCGCGCGCGGGCGGAUCGCCUGAUCCGCUCCCGCCCCCCCACCCGCGCCUCCGAUCUGGGGGGAUCCGGGCGGCCCGGGCGAGGCGGUUUCGAUCUGAUCCGGUCGGUCGGUGGUGGUGGUGGUUUCCGUGUGGGGGAAAUCGGGCAUGAGGGGUUCGGCGACGGGGGAGUUAUUCGGAUCCGUGUGCACCGAGGGAUCCCUCUCCUGAUCCUACCCGGAGUCGUAGUUCUUCUCGGGAUUUUAUCAUAUUUAUUAUAUAUUGGAAGUGUUAGAGGGGAUCGUGUGCUCGGUCGAUUUCGUGGAGAGGAUUUGAGUGCCUUUUUUGGAGUUUGAGGGGGAACUGCUUUUUUUUUUUUAAUUGGGGUUGCAGGCGCCAAUCUGCCCUGCUUAGGGUUCCUCCAGUGAGAUUGGUUCUGUUGCGGAAUCGCCGAUCUGCGCGCGCUGGUUCGGGUUCCUCCAGUGAGGUUGGUUCUGUUGCGGAAUCGGUUUUCGUGCUCUCUUGUGAGGGGCUUCCAUGGCGGCCUGUAACGCCGCCGCAGCGGCUGCCGUCGCCGAGCAGCCACAGAAGCAGUAUGGAAUUACGAAACCGAUAUCGUUGGCUGAGCCGGCGGAGGUUGACCUGCAGAAGACAGCGGAGUUGGAGAAGUUCUUGGUUGAAGCCGGUCUGUAUGAGAGUCCGGAGGAGUCGGCUAGGCGAGAGGAGGUGCUAGGGGAGCUCGAUAAGAUUGUAAAAGAUUGGGUGAAGCAGUUAACCAGCCAGAGAGGUUACACUGAUCAGAUGGUUGAAGAAGCAAAUGCUGUACUCUUCACGUUUGGAUCAUACCGUUUAGGGGUUCAUGGCCCUGGAGCUGACAUUGAUACUUUAUGUGUUGGGCCUUCAUAUGUGAAUCGUGAGGAGGAUUUCUUUAUUGUACUACAUGACAUAUUGGCACAAACAGAGGAAGUUACUGAGUUGCAACCUGUACCUGAUGCACAUGUUCCUGUUAUGAAAUUUAAAUUCCAUGGAAUAUCAAUUGACCUUCUUUAUGCGAGUGUCUCUCUCUUAGUAGUACCACCAGACUUGGAUAUCUCGCAAGGAUCAGUACUGUAUGAUGUUGAUGAAGUAACUGUUCGCAGUCUUAAUGGGUGCAGAGUAGCUGACCAGAUUCUUAGGCUUGUUCCAAAUGUUGAGAACUUUCGAACAACGCUAAGGUGUUUGAAGUAUUGGGCGAAAAAAAGAGGAGUUUACUCUAAUGUUACUGGUUUUCUUGGCGGUGUCAAUUGGGCUUUACUUGUUGCACGUGUCUGCCAGCUCUACCCUAAUGCUGUGCCAAGUAUGCUUGUCUCAAGAUUCUUUAGAGUUUUUACUCAAUGGCAAUGGCCAAAUCCCGUGAUGCUUUGUGCUAUUGAGGAGGAUGAACUUGGUUUUCCUGUGUGGGAUCCACGCAAAUAUCACCGUGACAGAUCUCAUCAUAUGCCCAUAAUAACCCCUGCUUACCCGUGCAUGAACUCCAGCUAUAAUGUUUCAACAAGCACACUUAGGGUUAUGAUGGAGCAAUUCCAGUUUGGUAACAAAAUUUGCCAGGAAAUCGAUAUCAGUAAGGCUAAUUGGUCUGCUCUUUUUGAGCCUUUCCAAUUUUUUGAAGCAUAUAAGAAUUAUCUCCAGGUUGACAUCAUCGCUGAAGAUGGAGAAGAUCUUAGACUUUGGAAGGGAUGGGUUGAAUCUCGGUUAAGACAACUUACUUUAAAGAUUGAAAGAGACACAUAUGGAAUGUUACAAUGCCAUCCUUACCCACAUGAGUAUGCUGACCCUUCCAGACAAUGUGCUCAUUGUGCUUUUUUCAUGGGUUUAUCAAGGAAAGAAGGUGCAAAAAUACAGGAGGGUCAACAGUUUGAUAUUCGUGGAACAGUAGAUGAAUUUAGGCAUGAUAUCGGCAUGUAUGGGUACUGGAGACCUGGGAUGGAGUUGGCUGUAUCUCAUGUUCGGAGGAAGCAGAUUCCAUCUUAUGUGUUUCCAGAGGGCUACAAGAGACCUCGUCCUUCGAGGCAUAUAAAUCAUCCCCAGCAGUCUAAUAAAAAUGAUGUUGAAGAUGGCACAGCGAAUAGAUCCCCAGAUGGGCAGCCCAAGCGAAAGCAUGAUACAGCUGGGGUUUAUGAUAGUGAACCUGGUAGAUCUGUUAAGAGGGCCUCAAUUAGCCCCUCAAUUAGCCCAGUUCACCAGAAAACUUCAUCGCCUCCAUCAGGCAAUAUUGCUGAUGCUUCCGGUGCAAGUGGUGGAAGUCCGGUUUCACUUGCCAAUGGCAAUCUAGAACAAGCAAAUUGCUUGAAUUCACCACUGGCAUCUGAAAAAAGUCUGGACUCUGUUACAUCAGGCUCCAAGUGUGUGGGAGUGGAAGCGGUUUGUCCUAGUGAUGCUACUAAAGAGCAUGAUAACUGUGGUUCCAAUAUGAAGAACUGCACCACUACAACUGUAGCUGUAUCUUUGAAACGUGUGGCAGAAAAGGUUGUGUCAGAGCUCGUUGGAAGUGAAAGCUUGGGAGGCAACAAAAGUGGGGAGCUAUUGGAGAGAGCCGAGGACAUGGGAAGUGCCCUGGUUGAAAAUGUGCAUUUCGGUGGAAAUGGAGUCGUUCAAACUGGUCUUCCCGAAGAGUUAGAGCCAAACAAUGGGAUUGAAGUGGUUUCUAAAGCUCAUGCAGGUGUGAACUCGGAUGCGCCACAGAAGGCAUCAUUGAGGGUUAGUCUGACAUCAACUGCAUGAGGUUGGAAAACGGUGUAAAAAGGACAAAAAGAUAGAGAGCAUCUGCUGGAGGAGUCUAUGGUAAGUUGCUCGACUUACAAAGUUUCCUUUUCGACACAGAUCUGCAAGCAAGGGGGGCUGUUAAGGGAAGAUGGCGAUAAGAUCAUCAUGUCAAGCAAUGAUAAGGGCAGCAAUCAGGGGAGCUUUAUUACAGGGAAGAUCGUAGAAUCCUGUGCUGAGAACCCCCUAGAUCUACGGCAAGUUUUACAGAGCUUUGCUUGUGCUCCAUAACGACAUGUGUCGUUUUGUCUUUAACCGUGGAGCAUCUAGCUUCUGGCUUCAUCAUUGUAUGGGUGCUGAAUUGAACUUGUGUAUGGCAUCUCUGGGUCGACCUGUUUGCUUCUCAGAGAUGCCCUUGCCUCUGCUGUAGGUCUAGAUUAUAGAGAUAGCUGCUGUGCUGCUCAUCUUUGUUUCUCAAUGCUCCUGUGUACUCGGAUCUUCCCUUGUAAUAUAAGAUAUUUGCAGACUGGUCCUUACAUUCUGUAGCCA